AUGUGCUCUGAUUUUGCUGAUGCCCAACUGUUUAAGUGCAAAUUUUCUAGUUCCGCAUUAAAAACUAUUGUUAUUGUCGGACUUAUUAAUUUGAUCAUUGAAGAUAUUCCUCAAUUCAUUAUUCAGAUAUUAUAUAAAGCUAAUACAACUGGAUUUUCUGUCAUACCAUUUAUAAGCUUAGUAUUAAGUUCCUUGGUUUUACUGUCCACUAUAAUCAGUCGACUCUAUGACAUUUUAAUUCAGUUCACUCAUGAUGAAAUUAAUGAUAAUAAACAUCCUGGCAAUGCUUUGCAAUCAAUCCCGGACUCUGUACAAACCGUGAAUAUUCAAAAUAUUUUUUACGAUAAACCACCGAAUCCUUCUUCUAUACAAAACCCUAAUC